CAGCCGGGUGAGGAGCGCGAGCGCACGCCAGUUGAUGUUCGCGCGCCGCGAGGAAGACACAUCCGCGCUCUCGCAGUGAAACGUUCAGUGCACUUGGUAUAAACCGUGGACCGUGAUACGAGCUGGUGAUUAUAUCAAACGAAUAAAGUCGGAUGAAAAGGUAGACCACCUGAGAAGAAGAUAACAUGAGGUUCUCGGCGAGGUUACAGUUGCUGACUUGCCUGGUGCUGUACGCGUCGUGCGCACACGCAAUCAUGGUGAAGUUCGGCACGAAGGACGGGCCCAUCGAGCCGCCGCCGCCGGAGCGGGAGCUGCCGCCAGUGCAGCCCUUCCGCGUCCCGGCGCCCGUGUGGGAGGAGCGAUCUAACGACACACCCGACCCUAACGCUCAAUGGCGGCCUCAACUCUUCAUACCGCAGCCGAGAUAUACUCAGGUAGUCUACUCUCCGCAGCCUCUAAACAACGCGCAACGAUUCGUCAACUCGUACAUACCCAUACGUCAACCCGUACAAGCCCAACCAAUUCAACCUCAGGACUACUUCACACCUUCUCAAGUCUUGAGUUCACAAAGUCUACCCGGCUUCGGUCUGAGAUACUUCCUUCCUACUUACAACCCUGAUGACCAGCCUAAACAAGCUAAGCAAGAAGACGCUAAAUUGAACGCAAUAGAUUCAAAUAAUCUUAAUGACAGAAGAGACUCAUCCAAUGAUCUACAAUGGCAGUUCGAAAAGGAUGUAACGAAGAGGAAUACAAGAAACACGCAAGAGGCAGCGGUUCCCUACGUCUACCAAUUCCCAGUGCACGUGUCCCGGCAUCAGUAAUAAACUAAUCCUAGCAAUAAGUUGUAACAGUAUCAUCGCAGUUCUAUUGAAAAGAAAAUGUCAGUAAAACUUGUAACAUUGCGAUUUUGAUUUCAUACCGUGUAGAAAAUUCCUUCCCAGUUCAUUUAAUGAUGAUUUCAAAUCUGACUUGUAAUUAUUAGUAAGUUAUGUGAUAGAAAGGUUUUUUUCACAAUUAUUAUACAGUCAAUGUAAACGCUUCUUGAAGCAUUAAGUAUAUAAUAAUAAAUUUAUCAGGAAAUCAGGAAAUCAGGAUCGCACAGUAGAGAGCUUAAUACUGUGAUGUCAUUAGAUUGUAUCGUAGUAUUAGAUAAAAGUGCCAGAAGAUAAAGUAUUUUAUAACGCUAACGCGUUAUGGUCGUUGCCAACAAAUCUCUCCUUGAAAAGAGGAACUCUUGAGUGUUUCGAAUUGGAUAUACAAGGUACAGAUAAUAACAGUUGGUAAAGGGUAGGUAAUUAGACGACGAAAUGAAUAGUUUAAUUGAUAUAUUUCAUAAUUCAUACGAGCAUUGAAAUGGUCAGUACUGAAUAUGUACUAAACUUAGUGUUGUAGAAAAUUAUGUACACAGUUUUGGUGAAAUGUCGUUUGAACCUUUACAAAAUACUGAGUGAUUAAUUAAACCUUCUUGUAUGUCUAUGUGGGAGAUAUAGUGUUUAUAAAUUAUGUUAUUUUUACAUGUUAAUUGCUAUAAUUUUCAAAGCCAGCUGUUAUAUAACCAGCAUAGUUCCACUCACAUUUGCUCCGGUCCGUUAACCAGACUGUCAUUAAUAAAUAUAUUAUGGAUGGAUGGGCUGAAGUUAUAUUAUGAUAAUGACUUUUUGAGCUGCACAAACCACAAAAACUCCCUAUCGUGUGCUCAACUGCGUAACGAAUUCGUCCGGCUUUAUUCGCUUUGUGCUCUAUGGAGGACGGAUGACAUAAGUGUCUCGACUAUUUCAAAGUUGAAUAAUAUAAUUUUUGUAUUCAUUUGACUGUCAUUACUUACAACGCUUUUGUUAAAAUAUAAAAAAACUUAGCCUAACAUUAGCCUAAGGUACAGUAUCUUAUUGGAACUUUUGGAACACAGAUUAAAAUUAAAAUUCCUGCGUACAAGCAGGAAGGUGAGGUAACUAUAGAUUAAUAAAUUGUUUUCUAAUUUUUGAAACCUGAAAUUAGCAUUGUUUGAAAAAAAGGACAUACAUACCUUCUAAUAUAUCAAGUAGCUUACGUAUCAAGCAUAGAACAUUUAGAAAAAUACUCAAUAAUUUCAGGGAGUACGAAAUUGAUCGAAAAGUAUUUUGUAGUCUUUGUACACCCCACAAAGGUCUGUCCACGAAGCGAAUAAUCAGCGUAGCGUAAGCUACAUUUUCUCUCAUCUCUCUUUAGAUAUUAAAUAACACAAUGUUGACCUAGUUAGACUCUGUGCGAAAAGAGAAGUCGUGAAAUGUAUGGGCUCCCUUACAUUCCACGACUCUUCCUUUCCGCACAGACUCUACUUCGUUUUUCGGGCUUCAGAAACCUCUAAGUGUAAAGCCGUUAUCGAUGAUCUUAUCAAAUGAGACUUAGUUUACAGUAUUGAAUUUUGCUUUUAAAGGUAGUAUUUAAAGGAUAUUCAUAUGUAAUUACAUAAAUCAUUUAAGUAUCAAUACUUACUAAGGAUUAGAUUCAUUUUAUUACAUUUAAUGGAACUGAAAAAAAUAUUUAUUUUAUAUUUUAGAAUAAGUAAAGUCAUUUUACUGAAACGAAAUCGAAGAUCGAAUCGAAUCGAGAUAGUGUUAGCCCAGCUCAAAUAACCAACACCUGUGCAGGCGUACGAUGUAGCCCGGCGUAUUGUACACGGUACGCCUAGGUGUAUAUCACGCUUCGUAUGUGUCGCUUACGCCUUGUGGACGGAAUUUGUGGACUUUUCGGGCGUUUACGAAUUGUUCCUUACGCUUCUUCAGUCAGCAGGUCUUAGAAACGACUUAAAAGAUAACCUUUUCGCUUAACCCAGAUCUUCCGCUACUGGGAAAUUUGAUUGCGUUAAAAAUCUGUGUCAUUAAUCAAUGUUACUACCCAUUCUUAAAACUGUACCAAUUAUUCAGUGCAUCGUAAAUAUUCAGCGAAUUGUCUUAAUAUUACGGUUACGGACAUUCUAUAAGUGAGUAUUGUUUGUAUAAUUGAAUACUAGAUUUUUAAUGUAAGUAGAUAUUCUUUUGGACGUUGUAACCUUGCCUACUUUUUUAUUUGUUCGAUUUUUAUUGUUUUUCAUUGUGUUUUCUAGCUGUAACUAUAACGCUUGUAAAUAUGUACAAUAAAUAAAAAAUAUUGAAAUUU